GCCGUUAUGGCCGCGACGGCAGUGGGUGUUUCCGCACACACGCAGCGCACACCCGCGGAGAUGAUCGAGUAUCACCAAAAAGUCGCGCGUGACGCCAAAGCGCUGACCAAAUGCCUUGACACCCCGGGUCUGAAGGAGCUCAACACUCGCUUCAUCGCACAGCGUCGCGAGUCUUUCCACCGUCUGCGCAAGGCUCGCGGUAUCGAUUUCCAGCCCCGUGACAAAGCAGCUCUCGAGAAGUGGCACAACAUCAACCAUGACCAGACCGCUAGCGGUAAAGGCAAUGACUACAAGAAUGACGGCAAGCUCUUUGAGGUCGAUGGGAACGACCCAGACAAUAAAGUGAAGCCUUCCGCCUACCGUCAAGAUAUUCGUGGGGACCAGAAGGGUAUCUACCAGCGCCUGGCACUUCAGAUCAUCGACGUUACCACGUGCAAGCCUCUCAGCGGCGCCCGUGUCGAUGUCUGGCAGGUCAACGCCGAUGGGAAAUACGCGAAGCAGGUCCGAGACGAUGGUGGGGGCGAUGUACACUGGUUGACUGGAGCUCAAUCGACUUCUUCGUGGGGCACAGUAGCCUUCGAUACCAUCUUCCCUGGCCACUACACCGACCGCGCUGUUCAUACCCAUCUUGCCGUCCGGGCCAAUGAGAAGUUCAAUGAUCCCGACGGCUUCGUGCACACGGGCCAUAUCUUCUACGAUGAGUACCCGCGCGAGGAGAUCGAGAAAACCGCACCCUAUAAGAGCAACACGCAGAAGCUGGUCCUCACCAUAGACGAUGCGUGGGCUCGGGCAGUAGCCACUGAGAAGGUUGAUCCGUUCGCACAUUGGGCCUGGCUCGAUGAUGGAAAUCAUCAGGCGGGGAUCGUAACUUGGACGACUGUAGGUGUGAACUCAUCUGCUCACAUCUCAACUUGAAUGGAAACGCUUGGGCUCUGGUUAACUAAUUGGUUCAUCGUUACCUCAAUAUCCGCUAACUAUAUGUGGACGAAUACAUAGAUGGGACCAAGAUGAGCGAAGUCGUCAGCCGACUACUUUGUCGUGCUCGGCUAUAAACUGGCGGCUGUUCAGCUAGGUAUGUAUGCAUCGAAGCGAAUACACCAGAGGCCCGUGGAUCCAGC